CCCACGCAUGCAAUUACGCGAUCGCUUCCUCUGUUCUCUCAAUUUUUUCUUUCUCGCGAAAGCAGUUCACGUUCAUUGCUUUGGCCACCAUCGUCAUUGAUCAUUCUGGUUCCAUUUACCUCAUUGAUUUUUCACUCAUGGAAUAUUGACCGCUCCAAUUCGCCGUCUCUUGUUCGGGUUAUGAAUCACUUGUGAGGAGCUAGAUACAAUACAAAGAGGAUCCAGCAUCGAUAACCAGAGCUCGUAUUAGGGCUUAUAAUGUAUCAAUAUCGUUAUUUAUAAUCGAUGCUGCAAUAUGGGCCAAGAAGAGCCGAGCGGCAAUGGGGAAGGGGAGGGGUUGGAAAGCAACAUUGAUAGGAAACCAAACCCUAAUCAGGUGUUAAUGACAUCGCAUUCGGAAGAGGCAGUCGAUGCCAAAGGAGAUGAAAGGGAAAAGAGCGCAUCCGUGGAGGAGGAGAAGGUCGGCGUGGUGGAUGCAGCUUACAAGGGUUUUCUUUUAAGGAGUGAGAGUGAUCGGGAGGAGUGUAGAGUUUGUCAACAACAAACAGAAGAACCUUUAGUAGAGCUUGGGUGCGGAUGCCGAGGAGAACUUUCAAAAGCACACAAAUCCUGCAUCAUGAAAUGGUUUCACACUAGAGGGUCAAAUAAAUGCGAGAUAUGUCAGAAACUGGCUGUAAACGUUCCUUUUCCAGAUUCCCAAUCAAAUGCAAAUUAUUGUGUGUGGAGAGUUGAGUCGGCACAUGGAGCUACAAACGUUGGACAAGUACAUGCAAGGCGAUGCAUUACUCCUCUUUGGGUUGCAUUUACUGUACUGAUUGGAGGACUUCUAUUGGAUGUGCUGCUGUCCAUUUUGCUUGGCGUUUCUGCGCUUCCAGUAAACAUUAUUAUCGGUGUACUCAUCGUGCUGGGAUUGGGAACAGCUUUUCGGCUCGCAUUGGAAUGCUGCCAUGAAUGGGGCGCAAGGAGGCAUGUACAGAGGAUGGAUGCUGGCGUUCCUGCCGGUUCCCAUGCUGCUGUUUAAUUUGUUUUCUACAUAUCAAUGGCAUAUAUAAUUUAAUUAUAUGAAAGUUAAUUAAUUUUUUCGCACUUUAAGCCUAAAGAAAGUUUUAAUUGUGCAACCACAUUGUGAUUUUAGUUGAGCAGAAUGUGCUUACUGCUACCAAUACAUUUCUUUUGAUCUUCUGCUCAACCUGUGCGUUAUGUUUUUAAUAAAAGCUCUAUUAAUAUUUUUC